GUUUCCUUGUCCAGGGUUUCACUGGGAUCCUCCCGUAGAAUUCGUUUUGCCAAAUUGAAGAUGAGUUUAGAGCUUUUAUUUCUCCACUUUGGCUCCUGAGUAGGGUUUCUAAGUUUCUUGCCCAAAUGACCAUUGUUCUACUCUUUUUUUUUUGGUAAUUUAUGAUGUUUUAUGGUGAAAAAAGGAAAUCUUUGCCGACUAGAAUUAAUUAAUCAUAGUUAUAAUUAGUGUAUUUGUUAUGCUUGCACCCUUUUUCAGUAAAAAAAAAAAAAAGCUUACUUUUUUUGCAUUGAAGUACUAAACAAGCUAAGGUUUCUGAUUUCGAGUAGUUGUUUUUGUACUGAGGAGUAUUGACAGGAAGGUGGGAGGAGUAAUUAAUAACACAGCUUUGCUAUUUCUUCCCAUCUCUUAAUUAUCAACAGAAUGGAAUUUUUUUGGAUAGAAAAAGUGGUCCGGUAGUGCCAAAAAUUGCAGACUGGUACUGCUAAGGUGUUGAGGCUUUCAUUUGUUUCCCAUUCAUUUUAAGGACUCGUUUGGUUUGCGGAAAGAAUUUUUCUUUACUGUAAUUUUUUUUUUUUUUGGGGGGGGGGAGGGGGAGGGGGAAGCUGAUGCCUAAAUAUAUGAUGCCCGAGAAAUAAUUGUUGCAUGCUUGGUUGACCAUGGGAAGUGGCAUAUUUCAGAAUGGCUUAUAUUUGGUUGAGCAUCUAUUUUUAUGAGAAAGUUAUGUAAACUACUUGUUAUACCUUUAAUCAAGGGAAAUAUCUUAUCCUAUUUUAUCUAAAAAUUUAAGGGUAUAUUUGGAAAAAAUUAUGCCAAUUCCCAGUUGGUAGGAAUUAGACUUUUUCAUGUCCCGCAUGGGUUUUUCUAUCCCAUGAAAUAUGAAAUCUUAUUCUCAUGGGAAUGGGAAUGCUACUUUUCCAUCUUUCUCUUUUGAAAACUCUUGCCAAGCAUGAGCUAUUUCUUCAUUUUCCCGUGAACCACACUUUUCCCCCACCUCUUCCUACGAACCAAACGAGUCCUAAAUUUUACAUUUUGCACUGGACUAGAAUAUAGAGGUGUCAUGAGUCUUCGAGGCUUCUACAUGUUAUGUCAAAUGCUUGUUUUGUACAUGUCAAUCAAGGUUCUUUGAGAUUGUGGUUCUAUAAGCAUUUGACGGCGAGUCCAUAAAUUGGGACUGCAGAUUUCAUUGUUCAUCAUAUUUGCUAAAGACUGUUUUAUUGUCAUUGUUCCAAAACUUUUAAUUUUAACAUAUGAGCCUGGUGGACUAAGUUUAGCAGGAUGAGUACAAUUUUGGUCAAAUUGAUUCUAGAAAUUCUUUUUGUUAGAAUUCCAGCCUCAUCUUUUAAGUUCCAUUUUUUAGCAGUUCUAUGGUACUAUUGCAUCACCUGCUGUUCUUUUUUCAACUUUGCCAACCUGUCCCCUUUAUGAGACUAAAAGUCCAGCUCUGAAUCAACUGAACGAUUUGCCUUUUGGAUGUGGAUUGGAGAUUGAUGGAAGCUGCAGAAAGACCUUCUUCUGGUUACACCCUUGGGCCACCAUGGUUAUUUAAAGGCAGUGCUCUAUACCAACUUCAUCUCGUGAAAGCAGAAACUGCUCGGGCUUUCAUUCCAAAGGAGUUAAGACUAGUUGAAGCGUUUGGGUAUACCCUUGGUGGUCUCUUCCUUGCUCACUAUGAUGACAGCCCAGCUGGAAGGUUUGAUGAGCUCGUGGUGAUUGCUGGCAUCGUAUGGAACCCACCGACUUCAUGCGCAUGGGCUGCUAGAGUACUUGUGAAUAGUUAUGAGGCUUGCGGGCAUGGCCGAAAGGAAAUAGGGCUUCCAAGCCAUGUUGCGGUAUUCUCAAAGAGAAAAAUGGAAAUAAUGGAGAAAUCAUCAAGCAGACAGAGCAGUUUCCUAAACAUGAUUGGCAUGAGUUCUGCUUACUGCAAGUCAAAGGAGCAUGGUGAGAUCCAAGUAUCAGAAAUUAAGGGCUCUUCCCAAAUGUCCAUAUGUAACAUCAAUUUGCCGUUUGUUGUGCCGAAAUCUAAAACAAAUGAGAAAUGUAUGGGUCCUAUGAUCAGAAUGUCACUUCCGAGCUUUAGUGGCCAAACCGAACACAACCCCCAGCUUCUUAAGUACUCCUGCCAGAUUGAAUGCAGGUCUGCAUUAACUGUGAUAUGACUUAUCUUUAUCAAGGGUGCGAGUGGUGGAGACUGCUAAAAUAUCAAGGCCAAAGACUAUUGACGCUGAUGAUGACCAUAACACCAAUAUUAGCAAUCAAGGUUCCAAAUGUUUUGCUGAAGAUGAAGCACGGAACCGAAGCAUUUCGGUGUUGCUAUCAAGACCCAUCAUGGCUUUGGAGUUCAACUUUCUAAAGAUGCAGGUUGAAGCUCCCACUGUCGUGGUUCCUCACUGUAAGAAGAAUCAACUGGAAGAAUCAAGAUCUCACUAAAUCAAUAUUCAGAGCAUUUUAUUUUACAAAAUGUCUUUAAUUGUUCGUCUUUGCCAUUUGUUUGUGUGGUGAUAUUUUUUCACUAAAGUGGAAAUUCAUUAGAUGCAUAAAAUAGCCGAUGAUAUAACAUGCUUUGGCUAUGACUAUUGUUGACUCUGGUGGUGUUUUGCUAAUAGUAAGUAAUUUUAACACUCAGGUAUUCCACAA